GAAAUCUGCCUUUUCUUGCUGCCCGUGUUCAAGAACAUUUAUCCCUGCCAGGAUUGCAUAAGUCACACGAGAAGGAUUUCUCUCUCUUACGUUCAUGUCUCAGUGGCAUGGGUCUGCUACUGAAGAGUCUCUUCGCCCUGAUGGGAUUGGUGCUGGCCAUCUACUUUUACUCAGCAAAGCAGGAGUUUAAAGUAGAGAUGCUAAAAGGAAAGCGAGUGAUUGUCACUGGAGCAAGCAGUGGAAUUGGAGAGCAAAUGGCCUACCACCUGGCACACAUGGGAUCUCAUCUUCUGAUCACGGCACUGACAGAAGUUAAGCUACAGAAAGUUUCCACGCAGUGUCGAGAGCUGGGUGCAGCAUCCAUACACUAUGUGAGUGGCAACAUGGAGAACAUGGCAUUUGCACAGGAGGUGGUGAAGAAGGCGGAGAAAUUGUGGGGAGGCCUAGACAUGCUGAUCCUCAAUCACGCUGGCAGCACACACUUUGGCUACUUCAAGGGAGACAUUGAGCACCUGCGAAAGCUCCUGGAGAUUAAUGUUCUCAGCUAUGUGACCAUGACCGUCUCUGCCUUGCCGAUGCUGAAGGAGAGCAGGGGCAGCAUCGUUGCAGUUUCUUCCUUGGCAGGGAAAGUUGGGAACCCAUUUACCGUUCCCUACUCUACAACUAAGUUUGCCUUGGAUGGGUUUUUCAGCUCCUUGAGGCAGAUGCUGAUUAUUGAGAAUGCCAAUGUUUCCAUCACGCUCUGUGUCCUGGGCUACAUCAAUACUGACUCAGCUAUGAAAGCAGUGUCCCAUGUGAUACGUGGCAAACCUGCACCAAAAGAAGAGUGUGCUCUGGAGAUUAUCAAGAGUGGAGCGCUGCGUCAGCGGGAACUGCACUAUCCCUACAUCUCUGUGACAAUUCCCCUCUUAUUAAGAGAUUGGGCCCCGGACUUCCUGGAUUCUCUCACAAGAAAUAAUAUGAACAUAGAAAAGGUCAAAAGAACAUAGCUGGUAAUAUGUAUUGGGGCCUAAUUAGGAAACGACUAAUAGCAUGAACACAGAGGUAAAUACAGUUAUUUUCUGGUCAGUGAAAAGAGCAUUUCUGGUGGGAUUUUCAAAAGUGCCUCAGUGACUUUGACAAAGCAGGUUCCUAGCACAGAUCCAGCUCUAAGCAUGCCGGCACGCACCCUCGUAGACCCCAGCAUCAUCCCCAUGCAACUGCACCCGCAAACAGACAUAUUCACGUGGCUGGGCAGUCAGCCCCUGCAUAGGCUUAACACGUGCCCACAAGCUCACAGGCUGCUGCGUAGUCAUGUCCUUAGAAAUUGGAAAUGCCUCUGACUUGCAAAGUGACUUAGGCACCUACACCACUGAGACAAUGCUGACUACCCUUAACUUUUCCUCCCACCCGCCUCCAUUUCCUCUCUGGAGAUGAGGCUUGCUUAAAGCAGCAAAAUCAUUUCCCUGGCUGAGAGGGCACAACUAACAGUGGAUGGGUUUGGAUCUGCUCUUGGAAGAAGGAGGUGGCCCUCACCCGCUCCGAACCAUUGCAGCCCCCAGCAUGCCUCCUGCUCUUCCAAGAGCCCUCAUGACUUUUAGUACUAAAUCUCUAGGCUCCUCAUCACACAGAGUCCCAAGAAGAGCCACUAAGUAAGACAUCUAUUUUCAACAUGUUAGGAAAACCUAAGAUGAACUCCCUUUAACAUAGGGCCUGGUUCUCCUUUUCCUAUGUUCCAGCGAGAGGAGCACCAGGCCCCAUAGCAUCCUUUCCUACUGAACUGAUACUAUUAUUACUACUCGCUUCCACCGAGGCAAUGCAUAGGUGCCCUGAACAGGGACUGGGCUGUAUCUUGCUUGUCUUUAUAUACUUACCCAAAGUGACCUCUUGCAAGAGCUAAUAGCAUUGCUUAAUGCAGGUAAUAGCAUUUGGAUGGACUGGGAUCAGUUCUGAGUUAUACAACCACCCAAAACUCUCUGCAAGCCAAACAUUGAGUUCCCAGUGAUUUCAAUGGGAGCUGAGGACAUCUAAAAUUUUAGGGAUCACAUUAUCCAUCACUGAAGUUAAGAGGGAGUCCUCAAACUCAACAAUGCUAAAUAUCUAAAAAGCAUCAUUAACUAUGAUAUUGGAUCACAUGUCAUGUGCAUGUUCUUUUUGUCUCUGCUGAUUACAUUUUAUAACAUCUCAGUUGAAGUUUAAAAAAAA